CGGUGUAAAAUAUGUAAAACCCCUCUAAGCGAGCGAGUAAAGGGGUUUUGGUUCAGGAAACAAUGGUGUUUUGUCUGAUGAAAUCACUGAGUCGGGAGUCUACAAAAUCGCUGUCGGCCGCAUUACGACUGAGAUCGUUCGAUGUGAUCGGAUCAAAAAGCGCUUUCUAUGCUCAGGGUCUAUUGUAUUCUACUAAGAGAGUGAAAAAAGAGGAGAUAAUCGCCACCAGUGAGAUACCAGCUCCUCCUCCAGAUGACGACUUUCCGACGUCGGGGAUAAGCCGUCCGAUUUCGGAAAUUCUGAAAGAACUGAACAAGAAAGUCCCGGAUUCCCUCAUCAGAGCCCGAGUAGAGGCCAAUGGCUUCUCUAUCAAAUACAUUCCAUGGCAUAUUGUGAACAGGAUUAUGAAUCUGCAUGCUCCAGAAUGGUCUGGAGAAGUCCGAAGUAUUAACUAUUCACCAGAUGGGAAAUCCGUCUCUGUUACUUAUCGGGUAACACUCUAUGGGACUGAUGCAGAGAUAUUUAGGGAGUCGACUGGAACUUCAUCAGUUGAUGAUGUGGGAGGGUAUGGGGAUCCUGUGCAGAAAGCAGAGGCCAUGGCAUUUCGGCGAGCGUGUGCUCGUUUUGGUCUUGGGCUUCAUCUUUAUCAUGAAGAGUUGUAGUUGCUUCUGCAAAAUCAUAGGCUUUAACCACAUUCACAUUUUUGGCUACUACUUAUAUGCGUGCUGUGGUUCAACAUAUAAAAUUUUCGUUUACAUUGCAUUAUUAUGUCAAGGGUGCCAUUCAUAACAAGUUAACUA